AUGGGUGUGGGGUUGGUGUCGGCCAGCCGGCCCACCGCCACCUGCUCUGUGGAGAACACGUUUUUGGAGGCCAGCGACUUGUUGCAAUCCACGGGCCGCACGGCCGCCGUCAUCUUGGACGAGGAGAAGGCGGCGCCUCGGCAGAGCGCGGAUCGACGGGGAGAGAAGGUCUUGGGCGUGCUGACCGAGAACGACAUGCUGUUGGCCUUCGUGGAGGGUGUGAAUUCCGAGUGCACGGUGGGCGAAUGGCUGCACGGCGGUGAGGCCCGCCUGCCCAGUUUCCUUGUCUCGCCCCUCACGCUGCGCCCGGACAUGCCUUUGGUGGGAGCCGCCGCGCGCAUGGCGGACAUGACGCACGGAGACUUCGCCUGCCACCACCUCUUGGUCUGCAACGCGGAAGAGGACUCCGCCCACGUCCGCCUGCUGUCCGCCCUGGACAUCGCCCGCGUGUUGGCCGCGAGCCCGGAGGCGGAGGUGGCCAAGCUUCCGGUGACCAAAGCCAUGAAGCUCCGCUCCGACGUGCCCACCUGCGCCCCGGACACAUGCUUUUUGGCGGUGAGUCUGGGGGAUGCCCUGGACACGCUCCACAGCGCCAAGCAGAACUGCGUGCUCGCGGUUCCUUCCGCCCUGGCGGAAACUGAAGGUGGCGAUGUUUCCGCCGAGCACGCGCUGGUGGGGGGCGCCAUCACCCCAGCGGACGCCCUGCGCGCGGUGUCUGAGCGGGUGGACUGCUGCAGCCUGAGCCUGGCCAAAUUCGACAGACUGCUAGGUUUGCGGACAGAUGCGUCCAGCUGCGUAAUACUGCGUGAUAUUGCGUUAUAG